AUGGCGAUGAGCUUUGGUGCUCCUGGUCCUUGUCCUGGCGCUGCUACAGCACAGGGGCGGCCCAACUUCCCGGCGGCGUUCCACCCCAUCGAGCAGCGGUUCCUGCGGCUGUGCCGGGAGCGGGAGGGGCAGAUCGACGUGUGCGUGCUGGUGGCGGACCCCGCCACGUACGAGGCCCGGUACGCGACAUUCCUGGGGUCGGUGCUGCGGCUGAAGCAAUGGGGAGAAUUCAAAGGCCUCAUCGUCGAGUUCUUCAUCAGCCGCGCCUCCGAGAUCGGGGAUGACCUCCUCAAGGAGGGCGGGGAGAGGCUGGAGGCUAGGUUCGUGGAGAUGCACCGGAACAAGACGGUGGACCCGCACUGGCGCCCCUUGUACAUCCGCAGAGUCUUGCAGGAGCAAGAGGACCAUAAGCGGCAGCUGCAGCUGCAGCAGCAAGUCGCCGUGCAACGCCAGCAGCAGCGGUUUGUGGUGUGA